AGUCUUGCACAGGCGUACCGGCUCCUCCCCUUCAGUCUUGCACAGGCGUACCGGCUCCUCCCCUUCAGUCUUGCACAGGGGUACCGGCUCCUCCCCUUCAGUCUUGCACAGUUGUACCGGCUCCUCCCCUUCAGUCUUGCACAGUCUUGCACAGUUGUACCGGCUCCUCCCCUUCAGUCUUGCACAGUUGUACCGGCUCCUCCCCUUCAGUCUUGCACAGGUGUACCGGCUCCUCCCCUUCAGUCUUGCACAGGCGUACCGGCUCCUCCCCUUCAGUCUUGCACAGGUGUACCGGCUCCUCCCCUUCAGUCUUGCACAGGGGUACCGGCUCCUCCCCUUCAGUCUUGCACAGGUGUAUAUCGGCUCCUUCCCUUCAGUCUUGCACAAGUGUACCGACUCCUCCCCUUCAGUCUUGCACAGGUGUACCGGCUCCUCCCCUUCAGUCUUGCACAGAUGUACGAAUCCUCCCCUUCAGUCUUGCACAGGUGUACCGGCUCCUCCCUUUCAGUCUUGCACAGGUGUACUGGCUCCUCCCCUUCAGUCUUGCACAGGUGUACCGAUUCCUCCUCUUCAGUU